ACAGCCAUCACAUAAGCGGAGUGCAUAGGAAGAAGAGUGAUGCCCAGAAUUGUCGGCCGUCGGGAAGUCGAAUUGCGGUGAACGGGAAGCAUUUCGGUGAUAGGUCGGAAUCUUAUGAAGUUGUGGUGUUCUGGCGGUUAAAAUAGCCGUAAUUAACGAAGGGAAUGUGGCACACUCCGCAGCAUGGGGAAAACCCGGCGAGCACGACAGGAACUGCACCUGCCGGCAGUCAGUGGCGAAGAACGCGGGCGUAACAAACCUGCCAUGGUGGCGCCCGGCACCUCGCCAGCGGCCGCCUCGUUGCCAACAACCGGCAAAGGAAUGUUUGCGGGACUGACGAUCCCACUGGAGGCUUUGCAGCAGCGGCUGCCGGACUUUGACGCCCGAUCUGUGCGCAGUUCCAAGUCCACCAUCAGGGGCCAGGCAGCGAUGAAGAAGAAGGACAAGAGGAAAGUACGUCACGAAGCCUUCAUGCAAAAGCUCGACGCCGUGAUGGAGUCGCUACGGAGCGCGCGCGCCGCCAAGGCGCGGCGCGCCACGGCCGUGGUGGGCGACCUGCAGCCUCUGGCGGCCGCGCUGCCCAACCCGGCCACGCUGGAGAAGGAGCGCGCCGCCCGCAAGGCGGCCCACGAGCAGCGCCGGCAACCCAGCCGCAAGCGGCGUGGCAUGCCCAAGAAGAAAGUCCUGCAUAAACAGUACCUGGACGACAUUGCCCAGUUUCAGCGAGUGAUCGACCACCCCAUCUAUCAGGAGGACCCAGAAGGCAUAGUUUCUGAGCACGUCCACCAGUGGUUGCUGAAGGACGCGGAGGGAAUGGACGUCGAGGCCUAGUCCUCCGGCGCCCCGUGCUGUGCAGCCGUGAUGUGUGUCACUUUGUGUUUUGUGGGAGCGAGUGCUUCUGCAUAUUGGUAACCCUGCAUUGUGUGUUGCAUUGCCAUGUAUUUGCCGAUUAUAAAAAGCUGACGUACGGCAUUGCUUUGGUCUUAUUUUAUGCUAUACGAAGGUGAAAACAUGUUUGAUACACUAAUGGCACUACAUGCAAGUGACUUCAUACUGAGGCAUGUAUUUCGAGACGUAGUGGGUUCUGCAUUUCACGCUGGAACCAAACUAUCACUUUCCUGUUGUUUCUCCUGUAAUAGUUUGCAUGCACUGUGUUCGUUCAGUCAUUACAAGCAUCAGCGGUUCAUGA